AUGCGGUGCGUGUGUUAUUUGCUUUUGCGUCGUGUGUGGGCGAGGCCGUGCGCCGUCGGGGGUGCUGCGACGUCCGGGACGUCCGGUGGGGAGUGGCGCCGCUCCGCGUCUGUUGCGUCGGCGAGGGGCGGUGUGCACCGGCGGUGUGGCGGCUCUUGCGUGCGUCCGGUGUCAGCGGCAGGCCUCCGCAGGGAAGUUGUGUUGACCCCGGCGACGCUGUUGAGGCGUCUGGAGGCCGUUUUCCCUCCGGCCCCGCUCGCGACAGCCCCUCCAAAGGGAGCGACGUGCCGCGGUGGGCUGUCGGAGGCUGACGAGGAGCGCCCACCGGUGUUCUCGGGGGGUUUGGCGGGUGUACCUGGGGGUGUGCGGGCGUGUUGUCACCCGGUGCCGUGGGAGCGUGUCGUGCUUCGCCGCGUUGGGCAGGCGCCGGCGUGCGACGUGGGCCGUCAACACUUACCGGUGCUGCUGCACACCGCGGCGGCGGUGUACGAUGUGCUGGUUCCUGCCCCCUUUCUUUUUUUGCCCGGUGCGGCGUGCGUGGAUGCGGGCGAUGCCGCUGAUGCGACGUGCCUGCGCCCUUGCCGCGACCGCACGUUGCUCUCCCUCAAGCGACGCCGUGGCGCCGAAGUGCGCUCUGUGUGGUGCCAGCGGGUGGGUGUGCUGCACCACAUUCCGGGGCUGCCCGACCCGUCUGCGCCGGCGUUGACGUUGCGUGAGUACGUGGAUUUCAUGCAACUUUUCUCACAGCCAGUGGAGGGAGGGCCAGCGCAGUGCAUGGCGGCAUGUGGACUGAACAACCGCGACGCGGUGGAUCACGGCGUCAGGCGGCGACUCGGGGAUGCCAAGCGGGACGGCACGCAUGGGCGGUGCGGGCCGGGUGCGGAGUGCCCCGCGCUCAACGGUGGCGUGGGUGUGUGGAUCGUCGACCCCUGGCGUGGGAGUGUCUUCUUCGCCGUGCGGUACCGCGUGGGUGCGGAGCACUACGAGUGGGUGCGGCGCCCGCAGCACGCCUUCAGCCAGGGGGGCCGCUCUGCUCCUGCCGGUGCUGCGACGAGUGCGCCCCCCGAGGCAAAAGUUGUCUUCUCGUCAGGUGUGCGGAAGGGCCCAGGGGCGUCUUCCUUUGCCUGGGCGAGGGCGUCGGUGCGGCAGGCGAUGCUGGAGCCCUCGACGUCGCACGCGCGCAGCACGCCGGCGUCACAGCAGCCAACGCGGCAGGGGAAGCGGAGGGAGGAGGACGUGCUGUCGACGGUUUUGUAUUACUGCGUUGCCGGGGCGGCGCUUACGGCGGCGGAAAGGGCUGCCUUUUUGGCGCAGCUGUUGGGGGAGGCCGGCGCGAGGGAUGCGCUGCGGUUCGGCGGGGCACACUCCUCUUUACCGUCGGUGCAGCGUGUCUGCUCUCCAUGGCGUGGCGGUGCGCGUGCUCGACGGGGCCGGCGGGGUGUGGGGGCGAGGGAGGAGAAAGGCCGGGGCGGCGACGGCGUGGCGCGGCUGGCGAAGGUGUGGUCCCCGCUUCCGCGAUCGGCGCGUCCGCUGCGUGGCCGGCAGGUCCUGGCAGACGCCGCCGCGCUUGCGGAAGCAAUGAAAUACGGCGUGCUGCACCUCCUGCUGUGA